CAGCUAUGGGGCCUUCCACUACAAGCCAAAAACAUGAUGAUAAAGAGGUUGAAAACAAAAGGCGCUGUGUGAGGAGGCAAUCCGUGCAGUUGAAAUCCCAUGAGAGGAAACCGACAGAAAACUUGUUUGAAAUUGAGGAUGCAAAGUUUGACAGUCCAAAACAAACUGGGAAAGAAAAUAGAGAAGAAAGCUGCAUCCCAAACAGUGAAGCAGGCGUAACAACACGAAGAUCUUCACUUGGAAGACCAAUGCGCAAGGCGGUUGUGAAGGUUCAAUCCUACAAGGAAGUCCCUCUCAAAUUCAAAAUGCGGAGAGUGCCAGAGAGAAUGUGAACGGCUGUAAGAAAUAUUUACCUCUCCAUAUGGUUCUGUAUCAGCAUUCAACUGUAACAAAAGUUAUUGUUAUCAAGCUGUUGCUGUGUUUUAUGUUUUUAUGCAUUAUGUACUUUAUGGAAAUUGAAA